AUGUGCGCUUUCUGUAACGAAGAAGGCAUCGUCAAAACUUGCACAAGGAAGAACGAUUUGAAACGCCACAUCGAAGAUUUUCACAACACGAAUGCGCAAUGGCACUGCCGUCACCGUGGAUGUGAGCUCGUGUUCGACUGGCAAACGGCUUACAAGGCGCACUUGAAGCAGGCUCACGGCGGUUCACGCAUGUCGCUAGACGAAGCCAAGGUCAACUUGUGCCCCCAGGUCGUCUUCGCUUGCGGCUUCGAUAACUGUCUCCAGGUUUUUGAGGCACACCGAGAUAGCGAAGCGCAGCAUGUCUUCAAGGAAUACGUCAGCCACGUGGUUAAGCAUUUUGAUGAUGGAGCACAGAGCGGACAAUGGACAUAUUCGAGCCGAAUCCGCAACCUCCUAAGGCAGUUGCAAGUCAGCAGGGCUGUUUUGCGCAAGCGACUCGAGACUCGCCAUAUCGGAGACAUUUGCCUCCUCAUCAACUACGCCAUCUGUCUCGGCAGGGAUCCUUCUCAAGCUGGUAAAUUUCGAGAAGAUUUUGUCACACCUUUCCGCGACACCUGUACCGAGGCGGGCUUGGGGCACAACACUCUGAAGAGGCCCAUGUCGCAGGAGUCCGAGGACACCUUCAACUUCCGCAUCUCUCGAGGGUCAAAUCCGGUCCUCGCCCAGUAUAUCAAUGCGCAGAGAAGGCUUUACGUGCCGCGUCAGCAAGGCGGUUCCCGCCGGCCGCGGCAAUCGAUUCCGACCAGCACGCCGACGUCCAACCCGAUGAAUACCCCGUCACUUGGUGGCCCGCUAAAUAGCCACCUUGGGGAUCAGCUAGGCGCUGGAAACACGUACUAUGCAACCAGCAUGUCUGAAGGCUCCCCAGGCUCACCGUCCUACGAUGGCUCAGCGGCAGCAUCCCACUCGUUCAAUUCGCCCAACGGCAUGAUGCACCAGUCCCCACACGGCCGUAUGAUGCCCGACGACCUGCGAAGCCUCCGGUCGAUGGCGAGAUUCUCGACCCCGUAUGCCGCCUCGAUGCACAGCCCUUGCACUCCCGAUAGCAUGGGCGGUUCUGCCGGUCUCGAACCCAACCAGGGUCAGGGCUUCUUCCACCCUCACGACCACCACCAUCACCCGUCUGCGGUGCGCCAUCCCCAUGCGUAUUAA